AUGGGCUGCGAGAACAAGGAGGCGGCUGCACUGGUGAAGAAGAUCGCCGGCCUCCACGCCGCCAUCUCCAAGCUGCCGUCCCUGAGCCCGUCUCCCGAGGCGGACGCGCUCUUCACCGCCCUGGUGGCCGUGUGCGCCCCGCCGAGCGCCGCCGUUGACGUGGCCGCGCUGGGCCCGAGGGCACGGAGGAUGCGGGCCGACCUCGUCCGCCUCUGCGCCGACGCCGAGGCGCGCCUCGAGGCGCGCUGCUCCGACGCGCUCGCCGCCCUCGACGCCCCGCUCGACCACCUCAGGAUCUUCCCCUACCACGACAACUACGUCCGCCUCGGCGAGCUGGAGCACGCGCUGCUGUCCCGCCACGCGCUGGACCACCUCGCCGUACCCGCGCGCGUCGCGUUCCUCGGCUCGGGAUCCCUCCCUCUCAGCGCGCUCCUGCUCGCCGCGCGCCACAUGCCCGACGCCGCCGUCGACUGCUUCGACCGGUGCGCCGCCGCCAACGACCGCGCGCGGAGGCUGCUGCUCCGCGGGAACGACGCCGGCAACGUGGCCGCGCGCAUGUCGUUCCGCACGGCGGACGUCGAGGGCCUCACGCACGAGCUCGCCGCCUACGACGUGGUCUUCCUGGCGGCGCCCGUCGGCGUGGCGCCGGAGGAGAAAGCCCGCGUGAUAGCGCACCUCGGCCGGCACAUGGCCGCCGGCGCCGCCCUCGUCGCGCGGAGCGCGCACGGGGCCCGCGGCUUCCUGUGCCCCGUCGUGGAGCCCGCGGAGGUCAGGCGGGGCGGGUUCCAGGUGUUGGCCGUGCACCAUCCCGAUAAUGCCGAGAUGGUCUACUCCGUCAUUGUCGCACGUAAGGGUUACCUCGAGCUCGUGCCACCGGUGGUGAGCCCGCCAUGCCACUGCUGCGAGGUGGAGAAGGCGCCGCGCAGCAGUGUGCCGUCAACGAGCUGCCAUCUUGACGCCAUGGACGAGAUCCGUAGGCGCGCAUGGUGA